AUGGAGGUCGCCUUCCCCUGCUAUGCCUUCGACUGUGCAAGCGCCUGUAAGGAGGUUAUGAAGACCUUGGUGUACACGAGCACAGGCCACAUUGCUGAGAAUAAUUCAACGAAUAUCAAACAAAUGCACACGCCGCCCCGUGUUUUGCAGCAGCUGAAUGCGGCACGUGGACGACUCAGGAACAUUCUCCACAAAGGGCUUUUCGAGAAACUAGGAGAGAUAGUUGCAGAGGGAAGUUGCCCUUUCUGGCCAUUGGAAGAAUCCUUGAAACAUAAGAGUAUCGAUGACAUCAUCGCGCAGCUUCAUUUGUUCGACCCAACCAAGAUGCGCUACGAAGAACAGGCUUCUAAAGACCCCGAUAGACGGGAACCCCGGUGUUGUACAUGCGGCCACAAUUGGUCAUACGUGGUCAUUGUAGCUGCAGCGCGUGUCACCAAGUAUUUCGAUGGGUUUUGUCUAUAUUACAUAGACAGCUCGAAGAACCUGUGCGAGGGAGGUGAUCAAGACGAUGACUACCGGCACUAAUAUGACCUGUAUGCGAGCGAGGUAUGACGUCGAAUGUCGGAUCACUCAUGGCCAGCCGACCUGGUAUUUCAGCUUCAUG